AUGAGGGCUUUGAUGCUUUUAGGGUCCCUGCUGGUGAGCCUGGAGUCAGUGCGUUCGAUUCCACCUUGGAAAGCCCACAAGGAGUUCAAACACACAGUGGAUGAGCACACAGUGGUUCCCACAGUCACUGGGGAGCCUUGCCACUUCCCUUUCCAGUACCACCGGCAGCUGUACCACAAAUGCAUCCACAGAGGCCGACCUGGCCACCUGCCCUGGUGUGCUACCACCCCCAACUUCGAGCAGGACCAGAGGUGGGCAUACUGCCUGGAGCCUAAGAAAGUGAAAGACCACUGCAGCAAACACAGCCCCUGCCAGAGGGGAGGGACUUGUGUGAACACGCCCAAGGGCCCGCACUGCCUCUGUACAGACAAUCUCACUGGGAAGCACUGCGAGAAAGAGAAGUGCUUUGAGCCUCAACUUCUGCGCUUCUUCCAUGAAGAUGAGAUGUGGCAUAGGCUUGGACCAGCAGGUGUGGACAAAUGCCAGUGCAAAGGUCCCAAUGUCCACUGCAAGCCACUGGCCAGUGGGGCCUGCAGCAGAAAUCCAUGCCUCAAUGGAGGCCGUUGCCUGGAGGCCGAAGGCCGCACCUUGUGCCAUUGCCCCGCGGGUUAUGCAGGACCCAUCUGUGAUGUGGACACUGAGGCGAGCUGCUACCACGGCCGCGGACUUAGCUACCGAGGAACCGCUGGGACCACGCUCUCGGGGGCGUCGUGUCAGCCAUGGACCUCGGAGGCCACCUACUGGAACAUGUCUGCAGAGCAAAAGCUGAACUGGGGACUGGGCCACCACGCUUUCUGCCGUAACCCGGGCAAUGACAUUCGCCCGUGGUGCUUCGCGUUGAGUGGCGACCGGCUGAGAUGGGAGUACUGCCACUUGGCACAGUGCCAGGCGCCUCUGCUUCCUACUGCGACUCCGGUAUCCCUGAAUCAUCAGGACCUGCCAUUGCCCCAGCCUUCCGCCUUGCAGCGGCCUCAGUCCACCACCCAGAGCCCGUCUCAAUCCCAGGCCCCAGGUAGGCUGUGGGACUCCCAGUCCUCAGCUCAGGAUUCCCCCACAGCUUCCCACGAGGCACCCAAGCAGAAGACUGUGGAUUGUGGGCAACGGCUGCGGAAGCGGCUGUCAUCUCUGACCCGCAUCGUCGGGGGACUGGUGGCGCUGCCCGGCACACACCCCUACAUCGCCGCGAUUUACUGGGGCCACAAUUUCUGCGCAGGCAGCCUCAUCGCCUCCUGCUGGGUGCUGACUGCUGCUCAUUGCCUGCAGAACCGGCCUGACCCCAAGGAGCUGACUGUGGUGCUAGGCCAGGACCGCCAUAACCAGAGCUGCGAGCAGUGCCAGGCGCUGGCGGUGCGCGCCUACAUCCUGCACGAGGCCUUCUCGCCUACCAGCUAUCAGCACGACAUAGCCCUGCUGCGUCUGCAGGAGAGCGCAGACGGCAGCUGCGCGCGCCCGUCGCCUUACGUCCAGCUGGUGUGCCUGCCGAGUGGUGCCGAGCGACCCCCCGAGCCCAAGGAUGAGAUCUGCGAAGUAGCUGGCUGGGGCCACCAGUUCGAGGGGUCGGCGGAAUAUUCCAGCUUUCUGCAGGAGGCGCAGGUACCGCUUAUCCCGCGCCAGCGCUGCUCCGCCCCGGACGUGCACGGAGCCGCCCUCGCCCCCGGCAUGCUCUGCGCGGGCUUCCUUGAGGGGGGCACAGAUGCUUGCCAGGGUGACUCUGGGGGCCCGCUGGUGUGUGAGGACGAGGCCAUGGAACGCCGGCUCAUCUUGAGGGGUAUAGUCAGCUGGGGCUCCGGCUGCGGCGACCGCUACAAGCCCGGCGUUUACACAGAUGUGACCAACUACCUGGCCUGGAUCCAGGAACACACUGCUUCCUGA